AUGGUCGAUCGUCGUUUAUGUUUUGCUAUCUUAGCUAUAACAUUAUUUGUUUCAGUGUUACAUGCUGAACGUGCUCGUAAUGAUAAUCGUCAAGAUGAUGAAGAAGCUAUCGAUUUUGCAAGUAACAAUGAUCGCAAUAAUGAAGAUGCUUUAAUUACAACAACUUCGGCAGGUAGAGUUCAAUCAACGACAAAAGAUUCAGUAUUUGGUGGUAUGUUUGGCAAAAAAACAAGUGGUAGUUCUAUUGCUAAAACUACUGGCUCAUCUCGAACUAGUGUUAGUCGUCAAACAACUAAAUCACCUAAAGAUGGAUGUGGCCUUACUAAUCCAUGUAAAAAUGGUGGUACAUGUAAAACAUUGUCAAGUGGUAACUAUUAUUGCUUCUGUUCACAAGAUUAUUAUGGAAAAACUUGUGAUAAUAAAUUUAUGUCAACUGGUGCAGCUAAUAAUGAUCGUGCACGUAAAGAUCAUUGUGCUAGUUCACCUUGUCGUAAUGGAGGUGAAUGUGUUGGAUUACGUACAACAUUUUAUUGUAGAUGUAAAUCGCCUCACUAUGGAAUAAGUUGCGAUAAAAAACUUGGAGUAAAACGCGAACAAAUUGAUGAGGAAUCAAUGGCAUCUGAACAAGAUUUACAUUUAUAUGAACGUGAAUUACAAGAAGAUACAGAAGAUUUACGACGAGCUCUUGCUAAUGAAGAUAUCUCUGAAAAUAAUGAAUAA